UGUGGCUAGCCGCCAUUUUAAGUUUUAUUUUUGGAUCAUCUACAAAAUCGACUAGGAUACUUUCUAUUACUAAAUCAUUUUUGUUAUUAAAUAUAUCCACCAUGACUGAAAAUUCUUCAAAAGAACCACCGUUACAAACCAUGAGUGGCAUGCCACCAAACCACAAUCCAUGGAUGUACAAUUUAUAUCACCAUUACAAUGGGUAUCACGGUGGCAUGUUCCCGCAGUUUUAUAAUCAUCAAUACUUCAAUCAAAUGGGGAAUAACGGAGGAUUUCAUAACGACGGUCAUCAUUUUCAACAAAAUAAGGACUCUAAAGUCGAUUUUGUUCAUCCUCAGUUUUCCAAACCCCCACCUUCUUUGUUAGGAAUGUCUCCACUUGAUACAAGUCGUCCGUUUAAUAACCAAUCCCCUAUCAGGUUUAAUCUUUCUGGCAAUAGAAAGUCGGUUCCACUCCCUCCUAAUGAAAAUCCUCUUUUGGCAAAUACCAAUGCUAAGAAAAAGCGAAAGAAGGGGAAUAAGACAGGCAACGGAGCAAAUGAAAUUUUACCACCUCUGCCUGAUCACCCGCCGCCGCUCCCGCCUUGUCCUCCCCCAGACCUCCCUAAACCUCCUCCUCCGCCACUGGAUGUCCCGCUACCACCUCCUAUUGCAACUGAAGAUAUUCCUGAACCGCUGGAAGAACCCAAAGGUAACAGUAACGAAGAUAAACAAUUGGAGAAUGUUGCCCCAAGUGACAACUCUUCAAAUUUCUUAAAGUCAUCUCCGAUACAGAAAUCUGCAGGAACUUGGCCUGAAAGCUUAGAAAGGUACAUUAAGAGAUGUUACGAGAAGUGUAAAACUGCAUUUGAUCGUGAUCAAAUUGAUAUAUGUUUAAAGGGACGUAUUACAGCUGCAGCUAACAAAGACGAAAUAUGGACCAGAAACUGGGAUGAGGAACCAAUUCCCAGUGUUCAUAGUGAAAGGAAUAAUUUAUCAGUAAAACCAGUUUGUGGUACAUUAGCACUUUAUCAGAAACCAGAAGUUGUUUCAGAGCUCAAUAAAGAGAAAUCUUCAGGCUCCAGAAAUUUCAAUGUACACAAGAGCCCUUCUCAAAGGAGACGUAAAACUCAUUCUAGGAGUCACUCUAAGUCUAAAAGUCCUCCAAGAAAAAGACACAGCAUAUCAUCUGGUUCAAGUGAUGAAAUUGAAGAUAAAAAGAAUAAGAACAAAACUCGUCAGAAAGUCAAAGACAGACUAUCGUUGGAUCAAAAGAAACCUGAAAAAUAUCAAAAAAAUAUCAAAAAGAAGGCCUAUAAUCAAUUUAAUAUUGAGGAUGUUCCUGGUAAUGCUGAAAAACUGCAGAAAAGGGCACAAAGAUUUGGAAACCAAAGUGUUCCAUCCAUAGCCAGUUCUGUGCAAGUCAACAGCAAGAGGCAACAACCCUCUCCAAGAAGGCCCAUUUUGCAAGACACAGAAGGAGAUUAUGAACUCAAUAACAUGCAUAUUGUAGGCACAUGUACUGAUAUUGAAAAAUCCUUUCUUAGAUUAACCAAAGCUCCUGAAGCUUGUGAAGUGCGGCCUGUGGCCAUAUUAAGAAACUCACUUAGAAAUGUGAAAGACCGUUGGAUUGAUAAACAAGAUUACAGAUAUGCCUGUGACCAAUUAAAAUCAAUUAGGCAAGACUUAACUGUUCAAGGAAUACGAGACAAUUUUACUGUAGAAGUUUAUGAAACACAUGCCAGAAUUGCUUUAGAAAAAGGAGAUCAUGAGGAAUUCAAUCAAUGUCAAACACAACUUAAAAUGCUAUACUCAGAAUUACCAACUGCAAGGGCUAAUGAAGCUGAGUUUAAGGCAUAUAGGAUAUUAUAUUAUAUAUUUACCAAUAAUACUUUAGAUUUGACAACAAUAUUUCAGUAUUUGUCCAAAGAGGACAGAGAAAAUGAGUGUAUAAAGCAUGCAUUAAAUACUCGAUGUGCUUGGGCAACUGGAAAUUUACACAAAUUUUUUGUGCUCUAUAAAACAGCCCCCAUGAUGGCAGGAUAUCUUAUAGAUUGGAUUGUUGACAGAGAAAGGAAAAAUUAUCUCAAAUACAUCAUAAAGUCCUACAGACAAACUGUUCCCGUGGACUUCAUCGUUCGAGAGUUGGCGUUUGAGUCGAAAUCUAAGGCUUUUGAGUUCUUGAAUCAGUUUCCUCUAACCUACACUGGCAGCGAUCAGAGUCAUAUUGAUUGCAAAGCUAGCCUACAAGUCGUUAACCAAAAUAUCUAACAUAACAUAUGUACAUUUGUGCAGAGCCGUCCUGUCAAAAUAAAUUUUUUCGUAUGUGUGAUAAUGUAAAGGCUCUAUAGCCUCAGGGUCCAAAACUUCGGCACAGUUACAAUGGCCCACAACAUUAUCCACCUUCGUUUUAUUAGGAUCAGACGGCAACACAAUAUUGCAUCACUACAGCUUUUGCUGGUUUUUAAAGUUCUGUUGGACAAAUUUGUAGCAGUUUCGGCGGUAAUCCUCGGAUCUUUGUGAAGACUUGGUAAAUCGCAACAGAUCAGCUAAGUGGAAGAAGUUAAAGUGCAAGGACAAUUUAGCAGUGCUUAGACUUUUAUGAAGAUAUAAUGCAUGUGCUAACAAAGGAUAUUUGAAAUGAUUAUUCAUUCAUCUUUUACUGUAAAUAGAUAAUUUUAUUCAUCUGUAUAUACUGUGAUUAUUGUUAUUAUUAAUGACUUAAAUGCAACAAUCUUGUAUCAAAGCAGUAGUAAGUCUAAACAUUAAAAUUAGAUUUUUUA